AUGGACAUCCCACUCCAGCCCUGGAGACCCACGUCAAGCCCAUCCGUGUGCACGAGUCGCUGCUCCGGCGGCUGGAGGAGCUUCAGUGCACGGGCUGAGAGCCCUGGCAGCAAUCCCAGCUCCCAAAAUAUCCCCAGGGAUGUGCCAGCUCCCCUGCUAACCCCAUCCCACCCUCCACAGGGCUCGGUGGACUGUCCCAACCUGGAGUUUGAGUACAGGGACGCCGAUGGCCACGGCGCAGAGUUAGCAGAGCUGUACAGCUACACUGAGGAGCCUGAGCUCAGCCACAACAGGAGAUGCUUCGAGGAGGAUUUUCACACUCAAGUGUGUGGCAGGAGGUGGCUGGAGCUGGAUGGGGCUCAGCAGAAGGCCUAUGUCAUGCGCCUGCUGGAUGGGCUGGAGGUGGUCAACAGGGACAAGAGACUCAGAGUAGCACGAGCCAUCCUCUACCUGGCACAGGGUGUUUUUGGAGACUGUGAUAAUGAAGGUGAUGUCCUGCACUGGUCUCGGCACAACAGUUUCCUCCUGUACCAACUGGGAACCUUCACUGCCUUCCUGGAGCUCCUUAACAUGGAAAUUGACAACAGCCAGGCGUGCAGCAGUGCCCUGAGGAAACCAGCCAUCUCGCUGGCUGACAGCACCGAGCUCAGGGUCCUGCUCAGUGUCAUGUACCUCAUGGUGGAGAACAUCCGUGUGGAGCAGGAGACAGAUCCCCCCGAGUGGAAAACCUGCCGGGAGACCUUCAGGAUGGAGCUGAGUUUCCCUGUGCACACUGAAGAGCCAUUUGCUCUUCUGCUCUUCACAAUGGUGACCAAGUUCUGCAGUGGCCAUGCUCCACACUUCCCCAUGAAGAAGGUCCUUCUCCUCCUCUGGAAAGUGCUUCUGUUCACUCUGGGUGGAUUUGAAGCCCUGCAGGAGAUGAAGGUGAGGAAGAGGGAGGAGCUGGGGCUGCCCCCCUUGCCCGAGGACAGCAUCCAGGUGAUGCGCAGCAUGCGCGCGGCGUCGCCUCCCACCUACUCCAUCGAGCUCAUGGAGCAGCAGCAGCAGAAACGUGGGCACCGCAGCCGCAGGCCCCUGGUGAAGCAAGACAGUUUGGAUAUCUACAACGAAAGAGAUCCCUUCAAGAAUGAUGAAGCAGGGGUUGAUGAAGAGGAGAAUGAUGACGUGGACAGUGGGAUUGAGGGAGAGCUGGAUCUGCUGGAGAGGGACGUGCUGAUCCCUGCGAUGCCCACACAGCGCCUGCCCAUCGAAAGGGUGUCCUUCCCCAAGGGGCUGCCCUGGGCCCCCAAAGUCAGACAGAAAGACAUCGAGCAUUUCCUGGAGGCAAGCAGGAACAAGUUCAUUGGAUUCACACUAGGACAGGACACUGAAACCCUCAUAGGGUUACCACGGCCAAUCCAUGAAAGUGUGAAGACCCUGAAGCAGCACAAAUAUGUUUCCAUCUCUGAUGUCCAGAUCAAGAAUGAGGAGGAGCUGGAGAAAUGCCCCAUGUCUCUGGGGGAAGAGGAAGUCCAAGAAACCCCUUGUGAGGUCUUGUAUCGAGCAAUGCUGUACAACCUCCCCCAGUACAUGAUAGCUUUGCUGAAGAUUCUCCUCGCUGCUGCACCCACCUCCAAAGCCAAGACUGACUCCAUCAACAUCCUGGCAGAUGUGUUGCCUGAAGAGAUGCCCAUCACUGUCCUUCAGAGCAUGAAACUGGGGAUUGAUGUCAACAGACACAAAGAGAUCAUUGUGAAGAGCAUCUCAGCUUUGCUGCUGCUGCUCCUCAAGCACUUCAAGCUGAACCACAUCUACCAGUUUGAGUAUGUGUCCCAACACCUGGUGUUUGCCAACUGCAUCCCACUGAUCCUGAAGUUCUUCAACCAAAACAUCAUGUCCUAUAUCACUGCCAAAAACAGCAUCUCUGUCCUGGAUUAUCCACACUGCACAGUCUCUGAUUUGCCUGAGCUCACAGCAGAAAGCCUGGAAGCUGGAGACAACAACCAGUUCUGCUGGAGAAAUUUGUUCUCCUGCAUUAACUUGCUGAGGAUCCUCAACAAACUGACCAAGUGGAAGCACUCAAGGACAAUGAUGUUGGUCGUGUUUAAGUCAGCCCCAAUACUGAAACGUGCUCUGAAGGUGAAGCAGGCCAUGAUGCAGCUCUAUGUCCUCAAGCUGCUGAAAAUCCAGACCAAGUACCUGGGGCGUCAGUGGAGAAAGAGCAACAUGAAGACCAUGUCUGCCAUCUACCAGAAGGUGCGACACCGCAUGAAUGAUGACUGGGCCUACGGCAACGAUAUUGAUGCCAGACCAUGGGAUUUCCAGGCUGAGGAAUGCACCCUGAGAGCCAACAUCGAAGCCUUCAACAGCAGGAGGUAUGACAGACCUCAGGACUCGGAGUUUGCUCCGGUGGACAACUGUCUGCAGAGUGUGCUGGGACAGAGGCUGGAGCUCCCUGAGGACUUCCACUACUCCUACGAGCUCUGGCUGGAGAGGGAGGUGUUUUCCCAGCCCAUUCGUUGGGAGGAGCUGCUGCACUACCAGUGA